GCAGCGAUCGCACCACUGCACUCCAGCCUCGGCCACAAACAAACAAACAAACAGCGUGCUUCAGAUGGAGCCAGCGCCCAGGCUUCGCGCCCCCAGCCCCCUCGCGAAGCCCCGCCCCGCCUCCGGUCCGGAGAAGGCCAGGAAGCCCCGCCCCUCCACGCUAGCACCGCCCGGGCUGUCACAAAGGAGGAAGCCUAGCCCCGCCCCUGCGUGCGCCGCUUCUUCCAGGCCCCGCCUUCCACCCUGUGCCCUGGACCCUCGGCUGGGCAGCGCCACCAGAGCGACCAAACGUCCCGCGCCUUCCAGGCCGCACCCGAGAGCCAAAAGAGUUCCAUGGCGGCGGCGGCCAAGCCCAAGAACCUUUCCCUGGUGGUGCACGGACCGGGGGACUUGCGCCUGGAGAACUAUCCCAUCCCUGAACCAGGCCCAAAUGAGGUGUUGCUGAGGAUGCAUUCUGUUGGAAUCUGUGGCUCAGAUGUCCACUACUGGGAGGAGGGUCGAAUUGGGAAUUUUAUCGUGAAAAAGCCCAUGGUGCUGGGACAUGAAGCUUCAGGAACGGUCGAAAAAGUGGGAUCAUUGGUAAAGCACCUAAAACCAGGUGAUCGUGUUGCCAUCGAGCCUGGUGUUCCCCGAGAAAAUGAUGAAUUUUGCAAGUCUGGCCGAUACAAUCUGUCACCUUCCAUCUUCUUCUGUGCCACACCCCCCGAUGACGGAAACCUCUGCCGGUUCUACAAGCACAAUGCAGCCUUUUGUUACAAGCUUCCCGACAACGUCACCUUUGAGGAAGGCGCCCUGAUUGAGCCACUUUCUGUGGGGAUCCAUGCCUGCAGGAGAGGUGGAGUUACCCUGGGACACAGGGUCCUUGUGUGUGGAGCUGGGCCAAUCGGGGUGGUCUCUUUGCUCGUGGCCAAGGCAAUGGGAGCAGCUCAAGUAGUGGUGACUGACCUGUCUGCUCCCCGGUUGUCCAAAGCCAAGGAGAUUGGGGCUGAUUUAGUCCUCCAGAUCUCCAAGGAAAGUCCUCAGGAAAUCGCCAGUAAAGUAGAAGGUCUGCUGGGGUGCAAGCCGGAAGUCACCAUCGAGUGCACGGGGGCAGAGGCCUCCAUCCAGGCGGGCAUCUACGCCACUCGCUCUGGUGGGACCCUGGUGCUUGUGGGGCUGGGCUCUGAGAUGACCACCAUACCCCUACUGCAUGCAGCCAUCCGGGAGGUGGAUAUCAAGGGCGUGUUUCGAUACUGCAACACGUGGCCAGUGGCGAUUUCGAUGCUUGCGUCCAAGUCUGUGAACAUAAAACCCCUCGUCACCCAUAGAUUUCCUCUGGAGAAAGCUCUGGAAGCCUUUGAAACAUUUAAAAAGGGAUUGGGGUUGAAAAUCAUGCUCAAGUGUGAUCCCAAUGACCAGAAUCCCUGAUGUUUAUUGGCUUUGCCCUCAUCCGCACAGUAUCGGGAUCUCAGGGCACAAUGGCUGGACAGGGGUGGGCUUUCAUGCAGAACUUUCUCUUUUGAAUGUUAAGAAUAAUUAAUAUAACUCAUCAUGAACAGAAGUCCUUACGCAGAGGAAUUAGUGUGCCUUAAAGAUACAAUCUGGGAUGGUUUGGGGGAACUUGUAGCCAGAGUGGCCUGUUCAUGCUGAGCAAAGUCCAGCAAGCAGAGCGGAGUUUGGCAGGCAGGUGCCGGGAACUCUUCCUGGAGUGCCUUCAUUGAGUAAGGAAAUCUGGCCCGUGGGUUUCCUGGUUCCACUGCUACUGACCCGGAGGGGAAUGAGGGCUGAGUUAUGAAAAGAUAACUUCAUGAAGACUUAACUGGCCCAGAAGCUGAUUUUCAUGAAAACCUGCCACUCAGGGUCUGGGAUGAAGGCUUGUCAGCACAUUCAGUUUAGAAUGCAGUGUCUCUAGAGACACAUUGGCUGUUUGGUUUGAUGAUAAAAGGAGAACAAGAAAAGGCAUCACCUUCCUGGAUCCAGGAUAAUUUUCAAACCAAUCAAAUGAAAAAAACAAACAAAAAAGGAAGUGUCAUGUGAGGUUAAACCAGCUUGCAUUCCCCUAAUGUGGAAAAAGUAAGAGGACUUCUCAGCACUGUUUGAAGAUUGCCUCUUUUUCAACUCCUGAGAAUUGUGUUAUUUCACUUGCCAAGUGAAGGCCCCCCUCCCCAACAUACCUCACCCCACCCCACCCCUAAACACGGUCCCUUGUUACUAGGCAACCAGGAAACUGCUACCAGUUGACCUCACCAGAGACCAGGAGGGUCUGGUUAGCUCACAAGACUUCCCCAGCCCGGAAGAUUAGCAUCCCCUACUAGGCUCAUACUCAACUGAUGAUUAUUAGACAAUUCCAUUUCUUUCUGGUUAUUAUAAACAGAAAAUCUUUCCUCUUCUCAUUGCCAGUAAAGGCUCUUGAUAUCUUUCUGUUGAAAUGAUUUCUAUGAACUUGUCUUAUUUUAAUGGUGGGUUUUUUUUUUUUCUGGUAAGAUUUGGAUCCAAAUCGCAUCAUGCCCACUUGUGACUUGGAGAUUAUUCAUCAAGAAUGAGGAGAUAGUAGCCAUGACAUAGCUUGAGCUGUAGCCUUUAAUCCCUUACUUCGACUGUGGGUGGAGGGUGAGUUUGAAGAGGUUCUGAUUUUCUUGUAACGUGGGAAAGCCAUGACCUUGUGCCCGAAUCUGUCAGAUUGCUUUGGGUAAUAAAUAUUGUUAGUGGCAUCUGA